GUGAAAGUUGUAGUCGCUUCGCAGCAUGUAAACAUUAGGCUACACAAACUGUAUUUACUUGAACAAUUCCAGCGUUUUUUUAAGGACCUCUCAUUAGCUAAGCCUGCUUGCUUAGAUGCGUCAAAUAUAGCCUAACAAUAUUGAGUGACGCACAGAACAAAGGGAUCAAAAUGUCAAGGUUGUCUUAUUUAGGCAAACAAUUGUCUAGGCCUACCCGCCGGGACUACGUCUCAAGUAUAAGAGGUCUGAGGAAUUUUGGCCUAUCCUGCUGUGUGAAUGCUCUGCUGCAGUCAAUAUCUGCCACAGAGGAACUACUAAAGCUUCUUGACAGAUGGAAUCCAAGUGGUAAUUAUGAGGAAAGAAACAAUGUACCCCUGCUGCUAAGGAAGACUUUACAUUCCAUGCAGGGAGAAAGUCCUCAACCAGCACCUCACUGCGAGUUCCUGGACUGCCUAGAUCGCAAUUCAAUCCCCAGAAAUGUGCAGCAUGAUGCAGACGAAGUCUUUCUCUCAAUCCUCAACCUCAUUCUGCAAAAGAUGACUGACACACAGCUGAAAGAGGAAAUCCUUGAGCUGUACAAGGUCAAAGUUGAGGGACAUGUGGUGUGUUCAGAGUGCACAUUCAAUCAUAAAGUCAACAGCUAUAUGCUCAGCCUUCCACUCCCUUUGCAAAAGGGACAGAAUAACUUGGAGGACUGCAUACAGAAAUUCUUCAGGCAACAGGAGCUAAGUGGGGAAGACAAAUGCUACUGUGAGAGAUGUGGCGAGAAACAACGAUCCACUCAGGGGUUCAAACUCUGCUCCCUCCCCCAAAUCUUAUGUAUCCAUCUCAAGCGAUUCCGAUAUAAGGGCGGCUUCACUCAAAAAUUGCACUGCAAAGUCACUUUCCCUGACACACUCAACUUCAGCAGCAUUUUGGAUCCAGAUUGCAUUUCUGACGUUUUUAAAAAGGAUGAUUCACCUUACAGUCUGUAUGCAGUUGUGGUGCACUCAGGAACUGCCAUGUUUGGGCACUACACAGCCUAUAUUCAACCCCCAGGAGAGCAGACAUGGUAUUAUGCAAAUGACAGUCGGGUACGACAGGUGAACUGGGAUGAGGUUCAGAGUUCUUUUGGUGGACAAAAUGAUGGUGAUACGGCAUACAUGCUGUUAUACAGAAGACAGAAAACCAGUGAGGAUCAAGGAUACUCAGUUUGAAGGACACUCCACUACAUUCCUCUCACAUAAGAAGGCCUUGACAGCAGCGGCAGCAGCUGGCUGCCAGUGAGGCGACGCCCCUCCUCCCGCGUCCCUGGGAGCCAAUCAGGUGGCUCCAGCUGUCCCGCAUCCUUCCCAUUCAGAACGUGGCUGCGCUGCUGACAGAAGCUCGUUCGGCCGGACCUGCUGUUUCUGUCCUUCCUUCCUAAACGACUUUGACGGCUCGGCGCUUGCCGCUCUGACAGACAGGCCCUGCCUUCUUGGCUCGUCCCCAACCCACUUCCCCCUGUUGCUCUGGGCCUUUGCAAGAGA